CCUCAGUUAAACAUGUGGAAUGACUGCAGUGUUGUCCAAGAUGGCUCCUCACAGGCCCAUAAGAUGGCAGGCCGCAGGAAGAGGACCAGCUUCACCAAGGAACACUUAGAGCUCCUCCGCAUAGCCUUUGAGGUGGACCCUUACCCGGGAAUCAGUGUGAGGGAGAGCCUGUCUCAGGCCACCGGACUUCCAGAGUCCCGUAUUCAGGUAUGGUUCCAAAACAGAAGGGCCAGGACUCUGAAGAACAGAAACAACAGGAUGGCCUCUCCUCCAUCUGCCUCCGUCCCUGUGAGCCCCUUCAUUCCCUCUCUGAUCCACAGGGCUGAGGACGAGAGCCAGCAGAAGGGCACCUGCGAGGGCCUCUACAGCGGCACAGGCAACCAGCCGGCAGGCCACUCUCAAAUCAAGGAGGAGGACCUGGACUGCUUCUACGACAGCCUGUCUCCACAGGCCUCUGGCUUCUCUCAGAGGGACAUUGGCUACUUCAGCACGCCUUCCUUCCGGCCAGGGCAGAGUCGUCUGCUGGGCAGCAACGCCAGCCCCACCUAUCAGACUCCCACCGCCACAUACCACAAUGGACGCAACAACUGGAGCUCAACAGUAACUCCUGAUAGCACUUCUCCAGAGUCUCUGUGGAGCCCUCGGUCCUCCAUGGGUAGCAGCUUUGCCAAUGACAGCCAGUUCUUCGCCUUCCCAUCUCCAUCUGGACCACCACCACCCUACCCCCACCGCACUGUCCAGUCUGGGUACAUGGGGUCAGUGUCCAACUCUCCUGCCUCGCCGGAUUCGGCUUGCUGUGACAUGGGGCCAGACAAUUCCUCUUUCUCCGUCCAAUACUCCUCAUUCAGCGGGAUGUGGGACAUGCCGACCUCGGAGCAAUUUACCAAUCUGGCUCCUCUACCUGACUUGUCUUCUCAGUGUUUGGAGGAUGUCCUUGGGGAGAUGCAGCCAGACUGGUGGAAAGUCAGAGGGCCUGUGGACCCCCCUAGCAAAGAAUAA